AUGCCGCUGGUUGAAAUUUUCCAGAAGCAAUCUGGAAUUAGACCCGUUUCAGCAGUUGUCAAUGUUAAUAUUGUCAAUGAUACUAAACUCAACAAUUACGAUACACUAGAAAUCUCCCAAGAUGUGUUUUUGAGCUUGUUUUCUCAUAUGUCCGAGAAAGAGAUGGCUUCUCCACAAGAUUGUUUUGUGCUUAUCCAGCUAUUGGGGGCUCCAGAUUACUUUGACAAAUGUCAACUAUACAAAAUCGACAAAAUUUCAACGAGCAUGACCGAUUCUAUUGCAUUUAUAAAUAACUCUAAUUUGGUCAAAUUUGAUAAUGAUAUGUUGACCUUGAAUAAAGCAAUAGUAAAGUCCGUGGACAAAAGUGAAAUCCCUAAGCUAACACGGGUAUUUAUUUCUGUGCCAAACGAGAUAUACCGUCUUCUACAAGGAAAAUCUUUACAGACAAUAAAGCACCUAUUUACAACUCAGUUCUUAAAUGAUAAUCGGAAUAUUAUCAAUGAAGGAGACUGUAUAAGGUCGAUAAACGGAAAAGCGAACUUGUGCGAACCAGUCUCCCAAGGAAUGGUUGACUCCACAACUACUUUUGUCUUGAUAAAUGAAAAUGAUCAACCAUCAAAGACUCUACCAGGAAAAAGAGAUGCAGACUUGGUUGAAGUUGAAGAAAUUGAUGCUGAUUACGACGAUAUGGAUAAUAAUGGUGAUAGCGAUGAUCACGCACUCGAACAGUUUGACAUAUCCACUUACCUAUCUUCAAAUCUUGCGUUCAAUAAGCAUGGCACCCAAACAAAAACGUCCCAGUUUUAUGUUAAGCCAAUACCUGAGAAGAUUAACAUAGCCGAGAUCCCUUCGAAAUGGUCAAAGGAAGAUACCGAACUAUUUGCAUACAUCAACAAUUCAGACUUUUUGAAAAUGGGAUUUCCAAUUUAUAAUGGAGAUUUAGUUAGAAUGAAAAGUUGUCUGACAAAAAGAGUCAUUGUUCGACUUUUUUCAUUUACUGAACCACAGUGUUCUUUCCCUGCAGGUGCAAUAUACGUCUCUCCGAUAUUAUUGGUGAAUUUACAACUUGCAAAGGAUACCAAGGUGGAAUUUGAACAAGUGAACGUUGGUGAUGGUGACUCGCUUAUUGAUGUGAUACCUGUUGCCGAGGUCGCAACCAUCUCCAGAGUGAGUUCUCAAAUAACAAUGGACAAGACUUACCAACAAAGUUUUUUCUCAAGUUUAAAGACUAUACUUAGCGAACAUCGUAAAUGUGUUCAAGAAGGAGAUUAUUUCCCAGUAGUGAUAGACACGGUAUUGGCCAAAAUCAUGUUUGAUAAUUCAACAACUGACACUACGAACGAGAGUGAACACAAUAACAAUAACAACAACAACAACAACAACAACAACAACAACAAUAAUAAUAAUAGUAACAACAACAACAACAACAACAACAACAACAACAACAACAACAACAACAACAACAAUAGUAAUAAUAAUACUAAUAAUAAUAAUAAUAAUAACGAUGGGAGCUAUAACGUUAUACCUAUUGGAAAUCCAGAUGCCGUAGCUUGGUUCAAAAUUACUGAAAUCAAGGGUGUAAAUAAUAUUGGCACAAACCAAUUUCAAAUUGAUCCAGCAAAGACAAUGCUAGUAUCGUCUGGUGUCGAAAGCACUAAAUUGCCAGUAAAUGUAGGUACAGGAUGGUAUCAGUAUUUGAAUUUGCCGCCAAUCUUUAACUAUUCGGAAACCGAAAAAGACUUUAAAUAUGCGCAAGAGUUUAGAAGGAUAAUGUCAACUUGUAUGUCAGCAAAAUUCAAUUUGAAGACAACUGUACUUUUAACGUCCAUGAGCCGGGGUAUUGGCAAAACAACUUUGGUGAGAAGUAUUUGUUUGGAUUUGGGGUUGAACCUAAUUGAGCUUGAUUGUCUUGAUUUUUUGAAUCCUGGCCAAGAGCUUAGGACGAUUGGGCAAAUUGGUGGGAAGAUUGACAAUUUAAUCCUUUCCACGUCUGAAAAUACCACUACAUUUCAUGUCAUUUACUUGAAGCACGUUGAGAACUUGUGUCCAAAGACAGAUGAAAAUGACCAAAACUCGAAUGUGUUUACAUCGCUUACUUUGAAAAUCAUACAAAUGUUGAAUGAUUAUUUACAGAAAUAUCCAAACCUCGUUAUUGUAAUGAGCUGUAAUGACUAUGAUAAAGUUGACGAUGGGUUAAAGUCGCUCGUCAAGUUUACCAUUGAACUCACCGUUCCCACUGAAAAUGAAAGAUUAGAAAUUUUCAAGUAUUUAAUUGGAAACGAAAAAUCGAAAAUUUCUCAUUGUAACGAAUCCACAUCAUACCCAUUUACGAUAAGAAAAGAUAUCAGUUUCAAAACUUUGGCUUUACAAUCGGCCGGGUUAACUCCAAGGGAUUUGAUCUCUAUUGUGAAAAAGUCUAAAAAGCUAGCCAUCAAGAGGCUUUAUAAAUUAUCACGUGAAAUCAAAGUACCAUAUGAAAAUUUAAUAAGUAUUGGGAAUGGAGGAGUCAUUAAUUGGAUCCCAUCAGACUUCGAGACUGCUAUAAAUGAGGCAAGAAGUCAAUUCAGUGACUCUAUUGGAGCUCCGCGUAUUCCUAACGUGAAAUGGGAGGAUAUUGGUGGUUUAGAUUUAGUAAAGGAUGAAAUUUUAGACACAAUCGACAUGCCAUUGAAACAUCCAGAACUAUUUAAUAAUGGUUUGAAGAAAAGAAGUGGUAUCCUAUUCUAUGGUCCCCCUGGUACAGGUAAAACUUUAUUGGCAAAGGCAAUUGCUACAAACUUUUCGCUAAACUUUUUUUCAGUUAAGGGUCCCGAGUUAUUGAACAUGUACAUUGGAGAGUCUGAAGCAAAUGUUCGUCGAGUGUUUCAAAGAGCAAGAGAUGCAAAGCCGUGUGUUAUUUUCUUUGAUGAAUUGGAUUCUGUUGCUCCCAAGAGAGGAAAUCAGGGGGACUCUGGUGGUGUUAUGGAUAGAAUUGUAUCUCAAUUACUAGCAGAACUAGAUGGUAUGAGCAGUGAUGGGGGUGAUGGCGUAUUCGUUGUUGGUGCUACCAACAGACCUGAUUUGUUGGAUGAAGCUUUGCUUAGACCUGGUAGGUUUGAUAAGAUGCUUUAUCUUGGAAUUUCAGACACAAAUGAUAAGCAAACAAAGAUAAUGGAAGCCUUGACAAGAAAGUUUCAAUUGGACGAUGAUGUUGAUUUAGGAAAAAUAGCAGAAAAAUGUUCGUUUACCUAUACAGGUGCAGACUUUUAUGCAUUAUGUUCAGAUUCCAUGUUGAAUGCUAUGACAAGAGUGGCCAACGAGGUUGAUGUCAAAAUCAAAACAUUUAAUGAAAUGCAAGUCAAGGAAGGUAAAAAGGAGGUUAAUUCAAGAUGGUGGUUUGAUAACAUUGCCAAAAAAGAGGAUACUGCCGUUGCUGUCAAGAUGGAAGACUUUAUCAAAGCUCAAAGCGAAUUAAUACCUUCAGUUUCCGCAGAAGAAUUGCAACAUUAUCUUCGAGUGAGAGAAAACUUUGAAGGUGGAAAGGAAAAGGCAAAGCAGAUGCUGGGGCUGGAGCUGGAGCUGGAGUUGCAACUGCAACUGCAACUGCAACUGCAAUUACCGCAAUAUGACAAUCACGGCUCUGCAAUUCACAAAAACGAUAUUCCAAAUGGUGCAAUAGUAGUCAAUGAAGAGGACUUGAUAAAUGGAACAGUAUCCUUGAACGGAAAUGGCCAUGUUUAA